AUGAAGAUGACAAUAAAGAAAGCCAUUAUCAGUAUUCUUUUAUUAUGUCUCGCUUUCAUAACUGUCGCGAAAGCAACAAAUGUAUCACAUGAUGGAAGAGCUUUCACCAUUGAUGGCCAACGCAGAAUUCUCAUCUCAGGCUCUAUCCAUUAUCCUCGUAGCACUGCUGAAAUGUGGCCAGAUUUGAUUAGAAAAUCAAAAGAAGGCGGUCUUAAUGUAAUUGAGACCUAUGUUUUCUGGAAUGCUCAUGAGCCUAUACGUGGCCAGUAUGAUUUUUCUGGGAAUCUCGAUCUUGUGAGAUUCAUUAAAGACAUUAAAAAAGAAGGGCUUUAUGCUUUACUUCGAAUUGGUCCAUAUGUUUGUGCAGAAUGGAAUUACGGAGGAUUUCCAGUGUGGUUACAUAAUAUUCCAAACAUUGAGUUUAGGACAAUGAAUAAACCAUACCUGGAUGAGAUGAAAAGGUUCACAACUCUCAUAGUGGACAUGAUGAAAAAAGAGAAGCUCUUUGCCUCACAAGGAGGACCUAUUAUUUCUGCCCAGAUUGAAAAUGAAUAUGGAAAUAUUAUGGGUCAGUAUGGUGAAGCUGGAAAAGAAUAUGUAAAUUGGUGUGCUCAACUGGCAAGCUCAUAUCAGAUUGGUGUUCCUUGGAUUAUGUGUCAACAAUCUGAUGCACCACAGCCUAUGAUUAACACAUGCAAUGGUUAUUAUUGCGAUAAAUUUACUCCCAACAACAAGAAUUCACCCAAGGCAUGGACUGAGAAUUGGACUGGCUGGUAUAAGAAUUGGGGUGGCCAAGAUCCUCAUAGAACUGCAGAGGAUGUGGCUUAUGCUGUUGCAAAGUUUUACCAAUCUGGCGGCACUCUCCAAAACUACUAUAUGUACCAUGGUGGUACCAAUUUUGGUAGAAGUGCAGGAGGACCAUAUAUCACCACAUCUUAUGAUUACGAUGCCCCUCUCGAUGAAUAUGGAAAUCUGAAUCAACCCAAGUGGGGUCACCUUAACCAGCUCCAUCGUAUCCUUCUAGCAUCUGAGACAGCCUUGACAUAUGGCAAUCAAACAACCACUGAUUUUGGAAAUAUGGUUACAGGCACGUCUUAUGAACACAUGCAACAUUCAGUUUGCUUCCUGGGAAAUGGAAAUGAGUCAAGUGACGCCACUGUUAACUUCAGAAAUAAGACUUACACUGUCCCUGCUUGGUCUGUCACAAUCCUUCGUAAUUGUUCUACAGAAAUUUACAACACAGCAAAGGUGAAUACUCAGACCACUGUGAUGAUAAAGAAAGAAGAGCCACAAGAAUUGAAAUGGCAAUGGAGAAAUGAACCACCGCAGAAGAAAUUUAAGGUUGCUACUCUGACAGUUUCAGAACUUUUGGAUCAGAAGGUUGUGACUAAUGACACAAGUGAUUAUUUGUGGUACUUCACAAGUGUUAAUCUCAAUAAUAAAAGUGACCCUCUUUGGGGUAAAGAUGAUGUUUCCAUCAGAGUCAACACUUCUAGCCACCUUAUUCAUGUUUUUGUCAAUGGCUUACAUGUUGGUGCUCAAUUUACUGAAAAUGGACACUAUAAGUUUCAACAUGAGUCGAAGAUCAAACUGCGUCCUGGGAAGAACGAGAUCUCUUUACUUAGUGGCACUGUUGGAUUACCAAACUAUGGUGCAUUCUUUGACAACGUGAAAGUUGGAAUCCUGGGACCUGUUGUAUUGGCUGCAAAUGAUACUACUGGUAAAGAGCAAAUAGUUGAUAUCUCUAAGAAUCAAUGGACUUACAAAGUGGGAUUACAAGGUCAGCUUGAUAAACUCUUUAGCCUCCCAGAAGCUAUCAAGCCUUGGCUUCUUUUUGGCCUUCCAAGAGACAAACCCAUGGUUUGGUACAAGACAUGGUUCAAAACUCCGAGUGGAACAGAUCCAGUGGUUGUAGAUUUGAAGGGAUUAGGGAAAGGUGAAGCCUGGGUUAAUGGGAAUAGCCUCGGAAGGUAUUGGUCUAGCUACAUUUCUGGCAAGGAUGGUUGCUCAGCACCUUGUGAUUACCGUGGACCCUACAAGCCUAACAAAUGCUUGAUCAACUGUGGCAACCCUACUCAAAGAUGGUACCAUGUUCCUCGGUCAUUUCUAAAUGGUCAAGGAUUAAACUCACUGGUACUGUUUGAGGACAAAGGAGGGAAUCCAAAUGGGGUGAGAAUUGGAACUGUGAAACCUGAGAAGAUUUGUGCAAAUACUUAUGAAAACCACAAGUUGGACCUCAUUUGCAACGUUGGCCAAGUUAUAUCUGAGAUCAAGUUUGCCAGCUUUGGUCAACCCAAUGGUUCUUGUGGAUCCUUUCAACAUGGUUCUUGUUCAUCCCCACAAGCCCUGUCAGCCAUCAAUAAGCUUUGUACUGGUAAACAAGAGUGUUCUUUUCAAGUGUCUGAGGAAGUGCUUGGAGCUACUGGGUGUGGCAAAGACAAGCACAAUAGGUUGGCUUUGGAAGCAAUCUGCAAGUGA